CAAACACCAGAGUUAACAGACUGUCUUGGAUAGCAGGUGAAACGCUGAAGUAUUACAGGGGAUCUUGUAUUUUGCGUAUUUGUCAUUAUAAAUGUCUAUGCAUUUACUAUUGAAGAACUAUAGUUGUAGAAGUUAUUAUAUGUAUUGUUAAUAUAUGUAUUAGCUCGGUAUUUAUUUAUUUUUGUCCCUUGUGGACAAAUCAGUUUAUUGAAUUGAAUUAGCUGUCACACAGUUUAUACUCCAGCACACUAGAUUCUUGCAUUCUCCACAAAGUGUUCAAUGGAUCUCAAACCAACAUUUUGGGUUAUUCAUCAGGGUUCAUCAACUGUUUUUUUCUCAAACAUCGUUUUUCUCAACAGGAGAAAUGUCUACCAACAACUCUGUGGACCCGUUGGAUUUAAACACCUCUGACACCAACCAGAUGUGUGACGUCUUUGUCUACCAGAGAGCUGCCUUCAUCAUCUUCCCAAUCUUCUACUCUCUGGUGUUCCUCAUCAGUUUAUGUGGCAACAGCCUUGUCCUGUAUGUGACCUGCCAGAAGAAGCAGAAGUUCAACUCCACGUCUCUUUACCUGGUCAACCUGGCUGUGUCUGAUGCAUUGUUCACAUUGGCACUGCCAGGGAGAGUCACUUACUACAUCAGACAGUUUGACUGGCCCUUUGGGGAUUUGCUCUGCAGGCUGGCUACUUUGCUGUUCUUUACAAACACAUACUCAGGUAAGGUGUGUGUGUGUGUAUUGUAUGGGAAAAACUGUGUAAGAGCUGCAGCAUACCGCAGUGGGUUGUGGUUAUACUAAAAAAUAAAAUUUUCUCACGUUUAUAUAAAACAUGUACAUUUAUGCCCUAGUUUUUGCAUGUGUGUGUGUGUCUGUGUCUGUCUGUCGGUUUGUUUGUCUGUCUGCUUGCCUGUCUGCCAACUUGUAUCUUCUGUUUAUUCAUCCACCCAUCCAAUAUCCAUCUCCCUCUCUUUCACCAGGCAUUGCCUUCAUGACAUGUAUCAGUCUAGACCGGUACCUGGCCAUGGUCCAUCCACACCGGCUACAGUACCUGCGGCGAGUCAAAGUGGUCCGAGGGGUCUGCUGCCUCGUCUGGCUACUGGUGUCUCUGGAAACCGCCCCCCUGCUUUUCCGUACCAUGCUCCAUGACCACAGAGGCCGACGAACCUGCAUGGAGUACUUCACCUUUGAGGGUUCUCGCUCCACCCCUUACCUUCUCCUCCUGGCCUGUACUGUCUCCUUCUGUCUCCCCCUACUGGUCAUCCUUGGGUGUUACACCCGGAUCAAUCUGAAAUUGAGCCGCACGGCCAAACAGAACCCACUGACGGGCCGCUCGGGUCGGAGCCGCAGAUCCAACAAUAUCAUCCUCCUCAUCCUCCUCACCUUCGUCCUGUGCUUCAGCCCCUACCACCUCAACAUCAUGCAGUUCAUGCUGAGGAAGAUGCUGGGACAGCCCACGUGUGACGAGCUGCGGUCAUUCAAGGCUUCCCUACAGGUAGGACCUGCUAAAGUGAAUGUCAGUUGUUGGUCUGUUCGUUGGUCUGUUUGUUUGUCUGUCGGUCGGGGAGACUGUUGGUAGGUCCGUCUGGCUAUAAAACAUUGUAGAUUUACAUUUAUGCCCUAGUUUGUGUGUGUGUUUGUGUCCCUGCAGGUGACUGUCUCCAUGAUGAACCUUAACUGUUGUCUGGACCCUGUCAUCUACUUCUUUGCCAUUAAGACGUACAAGCAGAGGGUGAUGAGUCUGUUCAAGGGCUACCUGUCUACCCCUGCCCCCUUCUCCAAAACCACCACAGACAACAGCAGCAGCAACACCUAAACAUCAACACCUGAGUGACACCAGUAGGAAGAGACUGUGGUAUGUCUUUAUUAAACCAGAAGGAAGUCGAGGAAGCCAUUGAAGGUGAUUGCAUCUGGUUGAUUUCUGCAUCCAAGGUUUGAUUUGAGGUGUGAUCAUGGGUGUUAUAUUUGUGUACCAAACUGAGAAUUUAGUUUUGUGAAAGUGAGCAAAGAGUUAUCAGGCUGGAACCUACAGUGGGGAGAACAAGUAU